UGUACACACAACAGAAAAAGUUUAUGGCCCACUUUCCUAUUUUGUAAAAAAUUUCUUCCUGCUUCUUGAUGUUCAAAGUGAAAUGCUGACAAGUAGGAGCAAUAUUCAGUGUUCAGCAGUCAACCCCAAAGGCCCUUUCCCUCUAGGCCCAUUCCCAAGACAUAUCUGGAUCCACCACAACACUCCCCAGGACAGUUUGGAUAAAGCUUGCCAUGAGAUCUGGAAGAGAGUCCAAGGUCUCCCUGAGGAACUACAGCCCAAAUCUUCAUCGCCUCUUCUGCAGGUUAGCUGUCACCCUAUCACCUCUUCAGAGGCUCUACAAGAAGACAGCAGUAGUACUCACAACAGUUCUCAAAAAGAAUCUUUGGAAGCCAGCAUUUGCAAAGAUGAAAUAUCUCAGCUGGUUGAGCAAGAAUAUUUGAGCCUUACCCAAGAGAAUGCAACAGAGAUAGAAAUGCAAAGAUCUGAAGAUGAGAAAGUAGCCCCUGUUGCUUCAGUUAAGGCCCCAAAUAGCAAGCAGUUACUCAUGCUUUCUGACGGGGACCAGGCAUCAGAUGAGAAGGAUACAAUGGAAAAUGUCUAUAGGGCGCUCACUGGAAACAAAAGAGAAGUGAAGUUGAAGUCUAUUUGUGAUGUCCAGUUGUCCACCAAGUCUACUGUCACAGGCAUUUUACUCCCUGCAAAAUUAAUCCACAAGAAUAACAAAAGUACAGAAAGUGGGAACAAUACAAUAGCUUCCAACACUCAAAUUGCCAAGCUCUUGGCUCAACUCCCCCUUAAGCGUGUUGAGGCUACCAAAACUCUGGACAGUAAGUUGAUAACUGAAGAAACAAAGCUCAUCAAGGAUCUAUUGCAAAACAAUGUUUUUGGAUCUGUGCCCCACAAAGACAGUAUCACAAGGCCACCCCCAAUUAUGACAAUAACAGAAAGUCAAGGAUCAGGUCAAAAGAAGCAACUCCCGGUGUUUGCCAAGAUCUGCUCAAAAACUGAACCUGAACUUGUUGCUGAUGGACUCUGUCAAAAUCAUGCAACUUCAACAGCUAUCGAUAAGAACAACCUUAAAUACAGCGGGAAUGUGUUUACCCCACGAUUUCCAACAACUUCAACUACUACCUCAUUGAAGCAACCAAUGUGGCUGAGUUUGAACUACCCUCCACCUACUGUUUUUCCCAACCACUCAAGUUUUCCUCAGUAUCAGAGUUUGUAUCAGCAAAGGGCACGGAUCCCGUAUCAGCAAACUUUACAUCCUCAACUAGGGUGCUAUUCCAGACAGGUAACUCCUUAUAACCCACAACAAAUCUUCCGCUCACCUUACACACCUGUCCUUAGCUACAUCCCUUUGGUUCAACCUGGUUAUUCUUAUCAGCAAAGGAAUCCAACCAAAGCUUCUAGUAGUGUUCGUGAUCCUCCAGCAAUGGCAGGGGAUGGGCCUCAGUAUCCAUUUUCUGCUUCUUAUGGGUUCACAUCUACCACAGCUGCUCCUGUCAGGUCAAAUCCUUAUUUCUCUUCUAAUGGAAGUGGUGGCAACAAUUAUUAGAACAUUUAACAUUUUGUUUUAUUAGUUUUGUUAUUUUCCUGGAAAUAUGGACAAUUUAGAAAUAUUUUUAAAAUUCUUAUUUUGCUCCAAAGUUAAGGAAUUCAGAUCCAAAUCACAUGUGUAAUUUUAGGGCUAAAAGAUAGGCACUCAUCCAAAAGAGCAACAUUUUAUUUAGCAAGAAUUGAUAAACAUUUCAGCACUUUUUAAAAGAAAUAUAUUUUUUAA